AUGGAACCUGCUAGCAGCAGUAAACAGAAAAGAGCUCAGAGCCAAUCCUCCAGUAAGAGACUAAAAGGACUUCUCAAGAAGGCAUCUGAGCUCUCAAUCCUGUGUCAAGUUCAAGUCUGCAUGAUAUGCUACCCACCUAACAGCACCAGCGAACCCACGACGUUACCGAAGGAUCAGCCUGCUGUGGAGAAGCUCAUUGAGCUGUACUUGGGUGCCAAGAACAGCGGCAGCAUCAAGCAAGUCGCAUCCCCCGAUGACUACGUAAGCGGCAAGAACACGGGUCGCAAAAAGGAGCCCUGCGUUGAGCUCCAGCGAGCCCAGCAACCGGCCUUCGAGUACUCCUUGUGGCAUCCAGAACUGGACAAGUGCCCCCAAGAGCUGCUGAGAUCUCUACUAACUCAUUUAGAGAAGAAGAACUCGACGGUAAACCUCGAGAUUAUGAAGCGAGUGCAUUGUUUCUCCCCUACAGCAGUGAAUGAUUGCGUAGAUACAAAUCACGCAGAAACAUUGUAA